CUUGAAGCAUAGGAAAUCAUACUCACAUAAACACAAACGUUUUGCAACAAUGAGCCCCCGACAUGUCCUCCUAGUGACAUUUCCAGCACAAGGCCACAUCAAUCCAUCCCUUCAAUUUGCCAAAAGGCUCGUCAACAUGGGCAUUGAAGUCACCUUUGCCACCAGCGUAUACGCACAGCGCCGCAUGGAGGAAACUGCCGACGGGGACCUACCAAAGGGCCUAAAAUUUACCCCAUAUUCUGAUGGAUAUGAUGAUGGAUUCACUUUCAGCGAUGAUGGCAAGAAAUACAUGAUGGAGAUAAGAAGUCGAGCCUCCAAGACUCUAAAAGAUACUGUCAUGGCUGCGGCCAAGCGGGGUCGUCCGAUCUCGUGCUUCAUUCAUACUCUCUUGUUACCAUGGGUGUCAAAGGUGGCGCGUGAAGUCCACAUCCCGAGUGCUCUUCUCUGGAUCCAAUCAGCCACUGUCUUUAAUGCAUACUACUACUAUUUCAAUGGCUAUGGAGAUCAAAUUAAAGCCCAAUCCAAUGACCCUACGUGGAAAAUUCAGUUGCCUGGAAUUCCAAUAUUGCUCUCCAAACAUGACAUUCCAUCUUUCAUGCUUGCUACAAGCUCGGAGAGGUAUAGCUAUGCUCUUACGUCUUUUAACGAACAGCUGGAGGUGUUGGAUGUUGAAACAAAGCCGAAAGUGCUUGUCAACACAUUUGAUUCUUUGGAGCCUGAUGUGCUCAUGUCCAUAGACAAGUAUGAAUUAAUUGGAGUUGGACCCUUGAUUCCUUCUGCUUUCUUGGAUGGUAAAGAUCCUUUGGAUACGUCGUUUGGUGGAGAUCUUUUUCAAAAAUCUGAUGACUACAUAGAAUGGCUGGAAUCGAAGCCCAAAUCCUCAGUUGUUUAUGUGUCUUUUGGGAGUUUGCUUAGCCUCCCAAAGUCUCAGAUGGAGGAGAUUGCAAAAGGGUUACUAGACAGUGGUAGGCCGUUUCUGUGGGUUAGACGAGUUAAUGAAAAAGCCAAGGAGGAGAAGAAAGAAGAGAAUGAGAACUUAAGUUGCAUGGAGGAAUUGGAAAAAGUAGGGAGAAUUGUGUCAUGGUGCUCUCAACUUGAAGUUUUGACUCACCCAUCGUUGGGGUGUUUCAUGACACAUUGCGGGUGGAAUUCGACCCUUGAGAGCAUAUCUUGUGGUGUUCCAGUGGUUGCUUUUCCGCACUGGACGGAUCAAGGGACCAACGCCAAGUUGAUUGAAGAUGUAUGGAAGACGGGUGUUAGAGUGAGAGCCAACGAAGACGGGGUGGUCGAGUGCGCAGAGAUAAGGAGGUGUAUUGAGGAAGUGAUGGAUGGAGGGGAAAAGAGCAUAGAACUGAGACAUAAUGCUGAGAAAUGGAAGAGUUUGGCCGGAGAAGCAAUGGAGGAGAAUGGAUCUUCUAAUAUGAAUUUGAAGGCCUUUCUUGAAGAAGUUGGAGCUGGUUGUCACUCUUUCUUUUGAUAUUACAUUAAGAAAUUGGUUUAUAGACUGGUUUGUUAA